GCGCUCAAACACCCACUUGCCUACCCGCCCCUCCUUCGCAACUCUCUCUUCCGUGCCGAAAGAGCGCACGCGCGGCUCGCCUCCUUUUUCUUUCUCUCCGCCCCCUUGGCGUGGUGGCGUCAGCGCCGAAAAGCGAUUAUGGCACAGACCCUAGGCUUUGGGCGGAAGUACAUCAAAGCCUUUUUGAAAGGCUUCUUUGUUGCUGUUCCAGUGACGGUGACUUUCCUUGACAGAGUGGCUUGCAUAGCAAGAGUGGAAGGAGCUUCAAUGCAGCCUUCUUUGAAUCCUGGAGGAAGACAGGAAUCUGAUGUAGUUCUUUUAAACCACUGGAGUAUUAGAAAUUAUGAAGUGCAACGUGGAGACAUAGUUUCACUGGUGUCUCCAAGAAACCCGGAGCAGAAGAUCAUUAAACGAGUGAUUGCUCUUGAAGGAGACAUUAUAAAAACCAUAGGCUACAAAAAGAAAUACGUAAAGGUUCCCCAUGGCCACAUGUGGGUAGAGGGUGAUCAUCGUGGACACAGCUUUGACAGCAAUGCUUUUGGCCCGGUCUCUCUUGGACUUCUACACGCUCGCGCAACCCAUAUCCUCUGGCCUCCAGAGCGCUGGCAGAAGUUGCAGCCCAAGCUUCCUCCAGAACGCCAGCUUCUCCAGGAUGAGGAGGAAUGACCGUUUCACAUCUGGUGGGAAGCAAGUUACUGACUCUUGAAUUAAAUGUAGGAAAGGGGCAAGAACAGCCAAUAACAGAACUGCCAAAUGUGCAGAGUUUCUGCAAGCAUAUAUAUAUAUAUAUGCGCAUGUCUGUAAAUCCAAACAGAUUUAAUUUAAUCACAUGAAAUGGUGCAUCCUUAGUUCUGAAGCAAUUGUGUCUUGAUUUGAAAUUUCAGCUUACUGUCAGCUGUACGGAGCUUGAAAUGUUUCAUCUAUCCCACUAUCACUAUAGAUGCGAAAUGUGUCAUUCCCCCCCUUCCAUAUUUUAUUUUCCAGGGAUUUGAUAUUUUUGUGGGGGGGGGGAGUGGGGGCAUGGUGCCAGAUCUUAAAAUGAAUAUGGAUUGUGAAAACAUAAAGUCAAUCAUAUAGUUCAUUGUUACUGCCAAGACGGAAUAAAUCAUUUUAACAUUUUGGAUUGCAGAAGAGUUGUUUGUAUUGAAUGAAUAGCAUUUCUGGUCCCAAAAAGCCUGUUAUACAAUCUGUCAUAAAAAUAAAUAAAACAAAAUGCAUUUUUCAUGAAA